GGACUCUGAGCCCCGAGUGGCUUCACAGCAAGCCUAGCAUAGAAGUCCACUCAUCUGCUAGACAGAGCAGUGCUGCGCUCACUCGUCUGGCUGUCCUUCACCCAAGCAGCCGAUUUCAUCACGACGACUACACUUCCGAGAGGUGUCUAAAGCCAAAAGCCUGCAACGCACGAAUCACAAAUAAGAAAUGAAUCUCGAGCCACCCAAAGCUGAGAUCAAGUCGGCCACCCGGGUCAGCGGAGGACCCGCCACCCCACGCAAGGGACCCCCCAAGUUCAAGCAGAGGCAGACCCGCCAGUUCAAGAGCAAGCCUCCGAAGAAGGGAAUCCAGGGAUUUGGUGACGACAUCCCUGGAAUGGAGGGCUUAGGCACAGACAUCACCGUCAUUUGCCCCUGGGAGGCCUUCAAUCACCUGGAGCUGCACGAGCUGGCCCAGUACGGCAUCAUCUGAGCCUUCGAGCGUCUUCCUGCGAUCCCCUGAGGAUCCCAGGCGACACUCCUCAAACCACCCGCCUCGGGCUCCGACUCCAAGAUUCAAGUGGAACCGCUCCAAACAGACAACCACAACGAACUGUAAUGAACACAAAAAAUGGAAAAAGAGAAAAAAAAAUCUACAAAAAAAUCAAAACCCUUCUCUAACUCUGGAUUCUUCCUCAUCUCACUCACACCAUCUGCUGAUCGUUAGCAUCCGUUGAGUUUCUCUCGACUUCACUGAGUAGCUCUGCGCUGUUGUUUCCUUAAAAACAGCCGCUCUCUCCUCUUUCGCUCUGUCUUCUACCUUCGUUUUCCUUCUUUUCUAUCCUCCUCACGGACCAAACACGAAACUUACGCAAGCAAGGCAGCCUCAAUUUGAGUUUAAGUGACAAACCCGUGGAGGGGGUGGGUUCCCGCUUCACGAGCUUUGGCGCCUCUUCUCGCCACCUUUGGAGGCUUUCACCAUUGACGCCGAAUGUUUAAAAUAACUAAACCUGAAUUCUGUAGAGAGCCGACACCAGCUUGCCAUUGCUGAGCGUAACCUUCCAGUGGGUAAAUCAGAAAUCCCUCUUUUCCCUCUGGUUUUAAACUGCACCCGACUUCACAAGGAAAAAUUUUCUACCGUCAUUUUUUGUGGAAUUCCGCUGGUAGUUGAUCAACACGAGGAAAUCUGGCGGCACAUCAGAAAUAAACCACACAUAACAAACAUCAAGGAAAACCCAAAUUAUAUCAUCACAGCUACCGAUAGUUUGUGUCGUCAUCGGCUUUGCAUCUCCUUUGUACUGUUUUAAUGUAUUCUGUUUAUUGCGUGUUUAUUUCUCAUACUUUCACUUUGCCCUGUGGGUUUAUAUUUGUGUUUUUAAGCUCCUUAUUUUAGUUGUAAAGUUUAGUAUAUUUUACAUUUUCCUCAUUGUCCUUCAACCAUCUGCCAGUUUGCUUCUGAUUUCACCUCCAUCAUCAUCAUCAUCACCCUGCUGCCCGCCACACUUUCAAAACAUUAUUAUUCUAACGGUGAAGAUAAGUUUUACCUGCCGACGUGAAGCUGGUGGAGGCAGAGGGAUGAGUUGGAUGGAUGUUUCAGUUCACGGCCAGAAGAGAUGUGUAAUGGAGCUUUGUCCUCUCUACAGGACGACGGAACAAAAAAUAAAGCAUAAAAAGAGGAAAAUAAAACAGGAGAGUUUU